AUGGAAUCGUCUGGCAACACCCCUGGAAAACUUGAGCAGCUUAGAAUCCGAAUUUCUCGCCAGUUUCAAACUAUCCUCGACAAAACCGUUCCCCUCACUGUUCCAAGAUGGUCCUUUGCUUUCACUCUUUACAUGAUUUACUGGGUCCGAGUCUGGUAUCUCAACGGCUUCCACAUCAUCACUUACGCGCUUCACAUUUAUUUCCUCAAUCUUUUCAUCGCGUUUCUCACACCAAAGGUUGACCCCAUGAGUUACGACGAUGCAUUAGAUGAGGACGAUUCCGACGGACAGCUGCCCACCCGAGGCGGCGAGUUCAAACCUUUUAUCAGAAGACUGCCCGAGUUCAAGUUCUGGUGCUGGGCAACGAGAGCAACGUGCGUUUCAUUUGCCAUGACUUUCUUUGAAGGAUUCAACGUGCCAGUCUUCUGGCCCAUUCUUGUCAUGUAUUUUAUCAUGCUCUUCGUCAUCACGAUGAAGCGACAAAUCAGACAUAUGAUGAAGCAUAAGUAUGUUCCAUGGACCUCAGGAAAGAAGAAAUUCCAGGGAAAAGAAGACUCCGGCACCGUGAUCGACCAGCGCUAUUAA